AUGUACUUCUCUGGAUGUCAAGUUGCAAGUCAUUCAUGCCUGAUACAGCAGAGGCCCACCAAGGCAAUCAAGUACCUGGAGCCAUCAUUUUCGAAUGCUGCCAACAUAUAUGAAGAAGUCAGCAAAAAAAACAUGGUGAAGCUACCUGUCACUGUCCUUGAGAAGAUUUUCCAUCUUUGCUCCGUCAGAUCUAAGGACAGCACAAUACAUGACCUCAAUGCUGGCAUUGCUCUCAUAAAACUUAAUGAACACAUUGUUGCUUAUGCCAAGGGAGCCUGGCCAUUCAACCAUGUGUUCAUGGACAAGGCAAAGGUAGUAAAGUACUGGUGUGAUCUAUUAAACCAUGACAGUGCGGAUGUUCUUGUGUGUCAACAACAAAUUGGCUGGAUUCUGCAUUAUGCAGCUCCCUAA